CUACCUUCCUGGAAUGUAGAACCAACCUGUGUUCUAACGAAUCGCCUGCCACUUUCCUUUUGUACGGGAGCGGCCGUGUUACCUGUAUGUAUGCCUUGGUUUUGAAUUGGCAAUAGAAAAUUGUCAGUAAAGGUCAGUCCUCACUGGCGCUACUCUUCUCGCAGUGCUACGCACAGAACCGCACCGGAAGACAAACGCUACAUCUUGGCCACGUAUCAAGAUCAAGCUCACUUAACGGCGACGAUUCAGGGUGUCACCUGGCCACACACCUGCAGUUGUCACCGCUCGUGACCAUGACACGCAUGCGCUCCUUGCUGGUGACUGAGCAUGUCCUGACGUUUUCCAUGAGAUUCCGUGGUCGAGCCAUAUAUGCCCCAAAUUGCGUGUGCGCGUUCUCGAACUUAGUCGCUACAGCUGUUUCCGGUCAAUUAUUGCUAAAUAAGAAAGCAAUCCACACGUUUUGCACAGCCUUAAACAUUCGCCGGUUUUUUGUCGAAGCUUCUUGUCCAAACAUCGUUAUCAUGCGGGUUGCUUCCGGUCCGGGUGGUCCAAAUAUUUCAAAGCCGAGAAACUGACAGAACAUCGAUUACCUUAUUGCUCGUACUAUAUUGCGCCAGAAUGGCAGCCACACCCACUGGGAACUUGGGAGUCUGGUCAGAAUUCAUGGUAAAUGAAUGCAGCAAAUGUUUGGUGCUUCUGUCGGAACAUCAGUAACGCAGUGAUUACCUUUUUUCGGUUUCCACCGUAAACACACAGUGACGGAGGUAGUUUUAUUGGAUUGGUAAUCCUUUGCAAACGAUUUGUUUUAUCUGCAACAUGGCGCACAUCAUCAUAGCAAAUUGCUUCCAACGGUUACCGUUGAUGUGCUUGACUGUGGGAUUUGUGUGUUUAUGGCCUAAGACAUCAGCAUCCGGCGACUCUCAGCGAACUCCAUUUGUCUCUCAUUAUUCGAGUAAUACUUCCGCGUUGAAUGAUACCGGUGCAUUGUCUCUUAUGCAAUCCGGUUACCCGUCCACAUCGAUCCAAUGUAAAACAGGUUUCGUCACCAAUCUCAGCGGGAAAUGCAGCUUACAUGAUUGCAGUACUGACCUUUUUUUAUUUGGAGUGACAUUACCGUCACAGGAUCCUUUCCCAACACAGUGUCACGAUGCUGCAUGCGAUGUAGUGCCAGAUUCCAAUACGACCUCGUGUACGUUUUCCGAAUGCGACCCCAUGCCGCUUAUUAAUACUCAACCGGAUGGAAGGAAACGACUGGAAAUCGUAUGCAAUACUUCCUCAUGCCUGGGUUUCGGGGAGAUCAACUGCACCGUUUUCGCUAAUCUACAAUUACCCAUACACAACGAUAGUUAUGGCUGGCACAUAAAUGGAACGAACGAACUUGAACUGGAAACAACAAGCACUCGUGUCAGUAUUGACACUACCACCUGCAACACAACCGCACAAGCAGCGGAUGACGAUAUGACCGCUUCACCGGAACACAGCAGUGACAGCACUGAUACAACCGUAACUGUAAAGUCCACUGCUCUCAUAAACGCGACUAACAAUUCAACUGUUCCUACACAAGCCCCCACUAACAAUUCGCAGCCCAUGGGGUCGAACACAACCACAGUGAGCACAGCACAGACGGAGGUCACCAAUUCCACUAAACCAACGCCGCGUCCUACUGAAACAACCGCUUUUACAAGCCCAAAAACACUACCACCAACCGCUGAAGCGGAUUCCAAUUCCCUAACGAUUAUCACAAUCAGCGUGACCUUUUCAAUUAUUCUCACCAUUAUGGGAGUUUGCUUGUUUAUCCAACUAUGCCCCAAUAAAUUUGACCGAAUACGGGAACGUAUCAAAUCCAAAACGCCGAAACCAGACUUCUACGCUCUGUAUAAGAAGGUGACACGGACUAAAUAUAACGACUACAGCAAAUCCGGCAUGCCAUUGAACUAUAAGAAAAAGCUGUUCGCACAUUAUGAAGUUCCCAAAUGGCGGUUGACGGUCGACAAAUCGCAAGUCAUCGGCAUCGGUCAUUGUGGCAAAGUGUAUCGUGGCCGCUUCAUGGUGGUUCAAGGAAAGAAACAGACAGAGAAAGGCGGCAACGGCACGGAAUACCAGGAAGUUGCAGUGAAAGAUCUUCGAUAUAAAACCGACGAAACAUUGCGUGCAGAGUUCUUUAAAGAGAUGGAAUGCGCCGUAAAGAUUGGUCGACAUUUAAACAUCGUUAACCUCCUUGGUUUAAUACUGAAAGACGAACUCUGCAUGGUUAUGGAGUAUUGUGCACUGGGAUCGCUCGAUCGGUGCUUACGCGACAAUCGGAAGAAGCUUCUUGGAUUAAGUAUGUCAAGCGACAGCGAUACAUCAUCGAAUAGCAAGACAAAGUCAAUGCGCGGGACGUUAUUCACACUGGAUGAUCUGGUGGACUUCUGUUUCCAAAUUUGCCGCGGAAUGGCUUAUAUUUGUUCCAAAGGGAUCAUUCAUCGGGACCUAGCCACUAGAAAUGUCUUACUUGACGGAGAAUUAACAGCAAAAAUCUGUGAUUUUGGAAUGGCACGCGACGAAAGCGAAUAUACACUGGAAAGGUUAAAUGUUCCUUUGCCGAUUAAGUGGAUGGCUCCGGAAGCCAUCCUCGAUAAGCGCUUCACCAUGAAAUCCGAUGUAUGGUCAUUUGGUAUCGUCAUCUGGGAAAUCUUCACAUUCGCUGACAACCCCUACGCUGAAGUAUUCCGGGAAAUGGAUGUGUCAGCUUUGGUUCGGUUUUUACAAACCGGCAACCGAUUGCCACGUCCGGAAAUCAUAAGCGACGAAAUGUUUGAUCUGAUGAGCUCCUGCUGGGCAUGGAAGGCCGAGGUGCGCCCCGAUUUUAGCACGCUCGUAUCUAGCCUGGAGCAACUGGUUUCCGUUGACAAACGGGAAUAUUAUAUUGACUGUGAUAUAAGCAAUUCCGCUGCUAAUGAGGAAGUGAUUUUGAAGAAUCUGGUCGAGGAUGUCACUACAGUUUAGGAGGAAUUUCUAGUCGGGGUGUAAAAUUUUUUGUGAUGUGCUUUCGCGGCAAAUGGUCUGUGAAUUUUUACUGGAACUAAAACAUGUAUACCUAUUUUUGUUUAUUUUUUAAUGCUUUUGUCUUUCGCGAUUGCACUGGUGUGAUUCUCUUUUAUGGCUUUACUUUUCUAGUUCAGGAUCCAUGGAAAAAUUAUCUGCAUAUUCUAAAUUUCUAACCAGUGUAGAGUACGGUAUCUCUUCGUUUACCUUAAUGUGCAAUUAAUCAAGCAUUUCGAAAUGCGCAUAAUAUUAAGACACAAUUAAGCUUGAAUGACAUCUUUGGACAAUGU